AUGAGCGAUGGAGAUUACCGAGCUUGUUUUGCUGAUAGCGGCUGUUUUUACUUUAAUCGAAUUAGUCGCGUUUCUCGUUUAUCGUCGGUGGACUGUACUGCACAAAAGAAGGCCCUCGGGCUGGAUCGCGUCCAUUUGACAAUGCGGAUCCUGCUCCGGGUCGCUCUGUUGUACGCUACGUUGCUGGCAGGUGUGGGCGCGGAUACCGUAACCUGUGUAGGUGAGUUGGUUCUCUUUGGCAAUAUUUUACUGAAUUUGAGCACAAGUUUGGGUAUCGUGCUGUAAUGUUUUAAAUUAUUCAUAUUAUUUUAAUUUUUAAGCUUGAGAUUUAUCUGAAUUUACAGAUGCUAAUCCGCUGAAAUGUCACCAAACUACAGUAAUCCGGGAGCAGAGUGAACCUUUUCAUCCUCAGUCGGUAACUUUACAUUCCUUUUAUUAUUCACGAGUUUUGUAGGGUUUCAGAAGAUCACGGGUGUUCGGUGCUCAAAAUCGCCGCUUCAGAACUCCGAAUGCCGUAGGACAGCCGAUUCCACGAGUUCAGUCCUUAAAUGUCCAGAAUGCUGUACCUACUCAAGUGGUAACAUCAAGCUCGGCUGUAGCACAAGCAAAUCUCUUUUCUGCAAAUACACGGACUUCUAUCAGUACCGUGCUACCGCCUACAAGGCCUAGUACUACAGAAGUCACGACGACAACGCCUACAACUACGACUACACGAACUACAACUACAGAGACUACAACAACAUCAACAACCACAUUCUCUACGACCGCCACUACAGCGUUGACGACGUUAAAGGAAUCAGAAGCUGUGACGGAGGCCACAGAGGGAACAGACGGCCCAAAGGCGUUUGGGCCUAGGCUGUCUGAUACUGGACCAGUCAAGGAUUCUAAAUUCAGUUCAGACAAGUUACUCGUCGGUCCUGUCGGAGGGGGGAAUGCUGCUGACCCUCUAUAUCUGAAUAAGAAGAAUCCUAACGGUGGCCUCACCAGCAACGCCCAGGGGCUUCCAGACGGCGGACGACACAAACUACCACCAGGUCAGACUAGCCACGGGCAUGGUCAAGGUCGAGAAGCUCUUCCACCUGCCCCACCACCUCGAGGUCUAGCUACAGCUAGAGAUCAACUUCCACUAGACGAGCACGGCGAACACUUCGAAGAAGGGCACGAUGAAGAACAUCAUGACAGCGACAGUUACAAUGAACCGAGUUCUGAAAGUCCAAAGCCUUCCCGAGGCGGCUACGAUGAACCGGCUACACCGUCAAAGCCAUCUCGUGGAGGGUACGAUGAAUCCGAAGCUCCGAAACCUUCUAGAGGAGGUUACGAUGAGCCUGCUACACCAGCGAAGCCUUCUAGAGGAGGCUACGAUGAGCCGGCUCCACCUCCGAAGCCCAGUAGAAGUGGCUACGAUGAACCAGCUCCGAAGCGAGGCGGCUAUGACGAACGACCUCGACCUCCACCAGCUCCAGAAGAAGAUGCUGACCCAGGUUACGGUCCCGUAGCGCCACGUAGACCUAUCGAUGAUUCGGGCUACGGACCGUACGGUACUGGUAGAUCCAAACCUGGCUACUACGCCAGGCCUGGAGUUGGCGAUGCAGGCUACAGUGGAGUAGGUGGGCCAGGAGGUGGUGCUGGUCCUUCUAGUGCCUUUAACCAGGCGGAACAGAAGAAGAAACCGGAGCCAGAGAAGGAGAAGACGGCUUCAGAGGAGUUGGCAGAGAUCAAGGCUAAAGUGAGUGUCUUACUGUAACAUACUUAUAUUUAGUAAAGGAAGAACAGCAUGCCGAGAGAAACAAGGUGGACCCAUCUGCCAUCGGGGAGAAGUCGCGGUUCUCUACACAUUCUGUGAGUUUACCUAACAUUGAUAUUGGUAUAUAUUAUUGUAUAUCUUUCUAUACGUUAUUGUUAUAAGUAUAUUGUACUGUUAACUAUACUUUAACUAUCUAAAUAAUAUAUUGUGUACAAACUUAUGUUAAUCUAGAUACGGACAGGACCUCGAGGGCAGAAUGCCAAGCUGGUGAGUGCCAAGUAUUUCUAUCCCCCCAAGAAAGAUCUACCCCUGCCCAAGUGUUUUUACAAUGGGGAUGGCUACGUGUGCUGUAGCUUGGAUCUGAACGAGUUGAUGGUAAAUGUGUACAACAAGCUCAAGUCGGACCCUCACUUUCACACCUGUAACAUCGGAGCUGUCACGUCGGCGAUGCAAAGGCACGCUGAAGAGAAGUUUGACACACCGUUCGAAGCCAUCACCGGCUUCGAGGACUACGCUCAGAGGAUCCACUUCAGUGGGGAUCUGGUGUGCAAGAUCGAGAUUGAUGGAAAGUAAGAUAUCUGAUUGUAUGGGUCCGAAAGUUUGGAGAAGACUAUACUUUAGGUUGAUAUAGUAGUCUUUUCAGUACAAUAUGACCCUUGCUUUAAAGUUUUUAAACUAAAAUACGAUAAUUCUUUUAAAAAUACAGUAUUCCCGGCACCUUGGGAGUAUCAGGAAUGUUAAUUCUGAAUUUUCAGAUUCAUUUUGACGUAUGCUACACCGUACAACGCCGAAGAAGCGUACGAUCCGAAUGAAGAUGCGAAGGAUAAGCUGCCAGCCGACUUGGCCACACCUUUGGCCAACAAAACGGGACCAGUUAUACCACGCUUCAGAAGGGCGUUACCAACCAGUACCAUUCUCAUAGGACCAAAAUCUCGAAAAUAG